CAUAACCAGCAAUUCCAGUGUGCUGGUGUCGAGUUUAUUCGACACCGGAUUCAACCUCGCGGUCUUCUCUUGCCGUCCUACGUCAACACCCCACUCUUGUUGUUCACCGAGCAAGGUAAGGGUCUUCAAGGGGUUGUGUUGCCGGGAUGUCCGGAAACCUAUGAAUCUUCCUCCCAACARCAGUUUUCCGAUCCCAGCAAACGUAGAGGAUCCAGGGUCCAAGAUCGUCAUCAAAAAGUGGAGAACUUGAACGAGGGUGAUGUUGCUGCCAUUCCCGCCGGAGCGGCUCACUGGAUUUACAACGACGGUAAUACUGAACUUGUUGUAGUCGUCUUCUUCGACACUCAGAACGCCGCUAACCAGCUGGAUCAAAACCAUAGGAGAUUCUUCCUCGCCGGAAAUCCUCAAGCUCAGAGCCAACAACAACAACAGGGUCAGGGUAAGUGGCAGCCAGGCCGCCAACAACAACAACAACAGGGCCAGGGUCAGUGGCAACCACAGGGUCACGGUCAGGGUCAGUGGCAACCAGGCCGCCAACAAGGUCAAGGUCAGGGUCAGGGGCAACCAGGCCGCCAACAAGGUCAAGGUCAGGGUCAGGGGCAACCAGGCCGUCGCCAGGAGGAGCCUUACCGCAACGCCGGCAACAUCUUCAUCGGUUUCGACGUCGAGUUCUUAGCAGAAGCAUUCAAUGUGGAUAGGGAGACUGCCGAGAAGCUCCAGGGACGAAGAGACCAGAGGGGUCACAUCGUUAGAGUCGAACAAGAACUUCAGGUCAUCCGGCCACCACAGAGCCGACAAGAAGAAGCACAAGAACAACGUGGACGCAGCAACGGUAUUGAAGAGACUGUUUGCAGUUUAAAGCUAAAGGARAACAUYGACAACCCUUCCCAUGUCGAUUUCGCCAACCCACAAGCCGGSCGGAUUUCAAACCUCAACAACUACAAGUUCCCCAUCCUCCGGUGGCUCCAACUCAGCGCCGCUAGAGGCGAGCUCUACCCGAAUGCAAUUGAGUCACCACGAUGGAUGUUAAACGCCCACAACCUCAUCUACGUAACUCACGGCAGCCUGAGGGUACAGAUCGUGAACAACGAGGGAGAAUCGGUGUUNAACGAUGAGCUCCGGAAGGGACAAGUGGUGGUGGUCCCACAGAACUUUGCGUCGAUCAAGAGGGCCGGCGGUGAAGGAGCAAGGUGGAUCUCAUUCAGGACGAAUGAAAACGCCAUAACAGAAAACCUCUCUGGUCGUGUGUCGGCGAUCCGAAGCUUGCCGGUGGAUGUUGUUGCCAACGCGUAUCAGUUGUGUCGAGAAGAUGCUCAAAAGCUGAAGUACAACCAGUGGCAAACCGCUUUGUUUUCCCCAAGCUCUUCAACAAGCCAGGGUUGGGGGUUUCUUCGUUUGAACUGAGUAAGUGUAUGCAUGCAUGCAUGCAUGGAGUGUAUUUAGGGUUUGAAGAAUAAGAUGGAAUGUACCAAAGAGRGUUGUACCAUAAGCAAGCGAGAAUAACAAGAGCUUUAAAGUUUAGUUUCUA